UUUCUGCAGCUGUCUUUGGUAAUCUCUUUAAUUUUCUCAAAAACUUUCCCUCCUCAAAAUCUUGCAUGCAUCAUGGCCCUUUUCAUUUGUCUAGUGCUGUUCCUAGCCAUGACUGGCCAUUCAAGUGCAACUUAUUGCUUAUGUAAAGAUGGAGUUGGUGAUCAACAACUUCAAAAGACCCUGGAUUACGCUUGUGGAGCUGGAGCUGAUUGUUCUGCGAUUCUCCAGAAAGGUGGUUGCUAUAGCCCCAACACUGUCAAAGAUCACUGCAACUACGCUGUCAAUAGUUAUUUCCAAAGGAAAGGUCAAGCUCAAGAUAGCUGUGAUUUUUCAGGCACUGCUGCUGUUAGCCCCAAUCCUCCUCCAAAUGUUGCUUCAACUUGCAGCUUACCAUCAAGUAGCACAGGGGCAAACACAGGCACCACACCUACCGGGACAACCACCACCGGGUCAACCACCACCGGCUCAACCACAGGGACUCCAACCACCGUGUUUGGUGGUGCGGGGACAACACUGGGUCCGACGGGGACAACAGGCAUCAAUGAUCCAGGCAGUGCUGUGGGUCUCUUCACUAACAACUUGUUUUGCACUUUUGUUGCUACGACAACCCUCUGGAUUUUAGGGUCAUCUUGGCUUUGAAUU